AUGUCUUUGCUGCCACUGCUGCUCCCCCUCACAGCCCUCGGGGCCGCUGUCAACAGCCAGCAGCCUCCGCCCGCCGCCUCUCCGCCCCCUUCUCCCUCUCCUACUUCUCCUUCUCCGCCUCCACCAGCCUCUUCUACUCCUCCUCCCUCUACCAAUCCGCCCUCAUCGCCCUCGCCACCACCAACACCCUCACUACCACUUUCUACGACACCAUCAUCCACCUCCUCCCGCAGCCCCGCCACCCAUACUGUACAGGUUGGCCCAAAAUCCGACCCGCACAAGUACGUCCCGCGUUCCCUCAAAGCUGAAGUGGGAGACACGGUCAUAUUCGAGUUCUAUCCCCGAAACCAUUCCGUCGUGCAGGCGGAUUUCAUGUCACCAUGUGUGCCGGCGUCAGGAAACUACUUCUAUUCAGGGAUCUUCAAUCAGUAUGAGGAGAAGGACGGUGUCUUAGUAGGAAAGGUACCAACUUGGUCGAUACGGAUCAACGAUACAAAGCCCAUAUUCUACUACUGUACUGCACUCGACUCAUGCAUUGGGAAUGGAAUGGUCGGUGCUAUCAAUCCGAACCGGACUAUGUCCUACGAAUCACAAUUUGCCAAGGCAUUGCAAUACCCAUACAUGCUCGUCCCCGGCCAAGCACCACCCGCGGAAGGCGAGCGACCAUCAGCUCCUACGAACACACCAGCAGUGGUGCCGCAAGAGCUAAGCAGUGGCGCCAUUGCCGGAAUCGUGGUUGGAUGUGUCGUUGUUGUGGCUAUGCUCGGUGCACUGUUCUUCCUUCUGGGCCGCAACCGGGUCUAUCACAAGUGGCUCGCCUCGGAAGACGGUACGGCAAAGGAGCGCACGAGACGAUGGGCUCUGAAUGGCGGUGACUGGGCCACAAACAGUGAGAAAGACAGCCACAUCGCGCCCUCCCAAGUGGGCUACAUCAACAUCACGUCUCCGGACGGAUUACAACCCGGCCCUUACAGCCCACCCCUUCGAUCACCGCCGCCCGGCUAUCUUGGCUGGGAUCGCGCGAAUAUGUAUCAACCACACCCACGAGAUGAUGGCCCGCCUCCAGAAUUAAGCUCUGGUAUGGGAGUUCAGUUGGUCGAGCUGGAGGCUCGCCCCAUAACCCACCCAAACAAAGAAUUAUAUAUGCAACGCGAGGCCGAUUUAAGAUCUCCUUGA